AUGACUGAUGCUAUCCUGAUCAAAGGAGGCACCGUGGUCAACGAUGACGAGAUGGUGAAGGCCGACGUUCUGGUUCAGGAUGGAAAAAUCGUAGCCGUAGGCCCGGAUCUCCAUUGUGAAGGGGCCACCCUCGUCGAUGCUGCCGGCCGUCUGGUCAUCCCCGGUGGCAUCGAUCCGCACACCCAUAUGCAGUUACCGUUCAUGGGUGAAAUCGCAGUGGAUGACUUCUACUCGGGCACGCGAGCCGCUCUGGCCGGCGGGACGACGAUGAUCAUCGACUUUGUCAUCCCGGCCAAGGAUUCGACACCGCUGAAAGCCUACAAACAAUGGCGUGAUUGGGCCGAUCCAAAGGUCUGUUGCGACUAUGCCCUGUCGAUGGCCAUCACCACCUGGAAUGACUCGGUCUCCAAGGAAAUGGCGGAAGUCACCAAGCCGGAAUACGGCAUCAACUCGUUCAAAUUCUUCCUCGCCUACAAGGGAGUUUUUAUGGUGCACGACGACGAAUUCUACCAAGGGAUGCUACAGUGUGCCAAGAUCGGCGGUAUGGCUCGUGUCCACGCCGAGAACGGGCCCGUGAUUGCGGAGAAGGCUAAAGAACUGCUGAGCCUCGGAGUUACUGGCCCUGAGGGGCACACCCAAAGUCGCCCCGAAGAGCUCGAGGCCGAAGCGACGAAUCGCGCUUGUGUGCUCGCCUCGCAAGCCAAUUGCCCACUCUACGUGGUGCAUGUGAUGAGCAAGGGGGCUGCACGCGCAAUUGCCCAUCAUCGACAGCGAGGAGCCGUCGUCUUUGGUGAGCCGAUCGCCGCUGGAUUGGGCACCGACGGCUCGCACUAUUAUUCUGACGACUGGCUUCAUGCUGCCCGACACGUUAUGAGCCCGCCGCUUAGCCGAGACCCGAGCACGCCUGAAGCCUUGAUGCGCCUGUUGGCUUGCGGUGAGCUCCACCUGGUCGGAACCGAUAACUGCACCUUCAACUGCCAACAGAAAUUAGCCGGGAAAGACGAUUUUACAAAGAUUCCAAACGGAGUAAACGGGGUCGAAGACCGGAUGGCUAUCGUUUGGGAGCGUGGCGUCCACCGGGGUAUCAUGGAUCCGAUGCGUUUCGUGGCUGUGACUAGCUCUCAAUGCGCCAAGAUCUUCAACAUGUACCCGCGAAAGGGCAGAAUCGCCGUCGGUUCCGAUGCGGACAUUGUUAUUUGGAACCCUGACGCGACCAAGAUCAUCUCAAAGGACACCCAUCAUCAAGCCGUCGACUACAACAUUUUCGAGGGCCAAACGGUGCAUGGGGUAGCGGAAGUCACGAUCUCUCGCGGCAAGAUUGUUUGGCAAGAUCAGCGCCUCUCCGUCGAGGCCGGGGCGGGCAAGUUCGUGUCGCUGCCCCCGUACUGUCCGUAUGUAUUCGCAGCUUGCCAGCAGCGUGAAAAGGUCAUCCAACCCCGCUCUGUCAAGCGAGAGCCGAUUGCCGAAAUUGAAUCGCUCAAGAUCACCGACAAGCAGCAGACCACGAAAUCGAAAGUCCCACCCGGCGGCGGCUCCCAGAUUAGCUUUGCC